AAUGGAUUCAAUUUUCUGGCAGGAUUCUCCUCAAUCUCCUUAAGCUCUUGUCUGUAGGUCUGAUACAGAACCGUCACCGAAUUACUUGCUCUUACUGUUGAACCUCCGCCAGUACCGACAGGCUCUCUUUGCUAACCAGAGAAUCAUCGAGUAUUUCUUCAUUGGGCCAAACAUCUAGCCCUUGUUCAACUCAAGGCCUCAGGGAAACGUUGUCUCACAAUAACGCGAACCCACAGACCCUCAAGUGGACUUUCGAGUGAUAUAUCAGUCUUCAAGAUGGCAGACGUCUCACUGCACAUCGUCUCAGAGAACUCAGCGUCUGAGCGACGCAUCACGCCGUCGUGGACCAUAGCAACCCUCAAGACCAAGUUGGAGCCCAUAACGGGCAUUCCGCCUUCUUGUCAGCGGCUGUCGCUCAAAACGGCAACCGGCGAUGCCAUUGCCAUCGAGGCCGCAGAUGAGGAGGCUACGACGUUGGCUGGGUUUCCACUCACACCGUAUUCUGAGCUUAAUGUCAUCGACACCCGGCCACCAAACGCUCGACCAAACUUCACCGACACGUCCAACGUCGACAAGUAUGUGAUGCCCGAGGAGGAAUACGCCCAAAAGACCGACUCAGUCCUGGCGUGGAAAAAAGCUCAGAAGCUUGGACGGUUCGAUCCCAACGCGCCGGCGAUGCUUGAGGCCAAGGUCGCCGCCUUUGCGCGCGAGGUCGAGGAGAGGGGCAUCGCCGUCGGCAAGCGUUGCCGGGUUGGUGGUGAGGACACCCGCCGAGGGGCCGUCAUGUACGUCGGCGAGGUACCCGAGAUCGCCACCGGCCCCGGCACCUGGGUCGGGGUCAGGCUGGACGAGCCGGUGGGAAAGAACGACGGAAGCAUCAAGGGGAAGAGGUACUGGGGCGAAGGUGAGGGUCAGCUGCAUGGUCUGUUUGUGAGGCCCGAGAGGGUCGAGGUUGGGGACUUUCCACCGCUGGAUGAUUUGGAGGAUGACGAGGAUAUGGAGGAGAUUUGAUCAUGUGUUUCUGGGAUUCUCUGCUUGUCGCACAUAUCAAGAAAGCCUUCAAGUCUGGAUGCGGACUGUUAUAUUUACUACAGGCAUUCCUCAUCCGCAGGGCGGCGGGAAACGAGGCUUGAGGCCGUUCCUGAAAAACAAGACUAUUAUUUUCGUGCGGUGCUUGAUGGGCAAUUUUCUCGCAAGAGCCUCGCUGUACGAUCCAACACGAGUUUGUUAGAAUCAUCAUGCCCCUUGUGGAUAUGAUGGUAAGCCAACCCUGUCAUGCCGAG